GGGAUUCCCUCCCCGCGCCGCCGCGGUCGCCAUCUUCACCCCCUACCUCGCCUCGGACCCUGCCGGCCGGGCUCCCGGGAGCGCGGGGCGGGGGGCGGGGGGGCCGCGCCGCGCCCGCCCGCCCGCCCGCUGCAUGUGACCGCCGGGCGGUAGCGGCCUCCUCCGCGGAUCUCGUCUGCGUCCUCCUCCGCCCCCAGCGCGGCGGGGAGGGGGCGCGGGGCGCCCGGCAGCGGGGCACGGAGGUGCCGGGGCGCGGCGUGCAGACAAAGGAGCGGGCGCCGCCGUGGGCAGCGGGCAGGGGAGCAUAAGGUCCUGCGACUUGUGACUCUGAUGUUGGAUAUGCAUUAAACUAAUUGGGGAUCUCUUCAGUGAAUAACUUGCUGCUUAAAGAAACGACUAGAGUAACUGAAGGUGUGAAAUUCAGGUUCACGCAGCGCUAGGGACCAAAGAAGCAUACAUAACAUUUCUGUGGUGCUGGGACCAACCUUCUGAAAGAAGACUCUAAAAUAACUUUUUGCCUUCAAGUUGUUUGUCCUGGGACUGACUUGUCUUUGGAGAAGAGCUCAACAGAGAAAAGAUUUUAACUUGGAACCAUUAUAAACCUAUUUAAAGAACUGGCUACCUGGAGACAGAUUUACAGAGGUUGAGUCCUGCUUUUCAUCUGUGUUCCCACUUCAGACUGUAAACAAUGAGUGAGUUUUGGUUGUGUUUCAACUGCUGUAUUGCAGAACAGCCUCAGCCUAAAAGACGACGGCGAAUUGACCGAAGCAUGAUUGGGGAGCCAACAAACUUUGUUCACACAGCUCAUGUAGGAUCAGGAGACCUAUUCAGUGGAAUGAAUUCGGUCAGCUCAAUUCAGAACCAAAUGCAGUCUAAGGGAGGCUAUGGAGGUGGCAUGUCUGCAAAUGUUCAGAUGCAGCUUGUAGAUACAAAAGCAGGAUAACCUUGGGGAAACCUUUCCAGUUUAUGUGAGUUCCUGUAUCUUCUUUCCUGUGUCCCCUCUUUUGCCUUGGUGACUGCUUUCUGUGCUCAUGACAAGAGAAGUGAUGGCUCAUUGUUCACCCUUUGUGAUUGCUCCAGUGAAACAUUGCUGUUCUGCUCUGAUGAUGCCAUUUAUCAGAUUGGUCCGACUGUGCCUUUCAGUGGCAUGCACACAUUGGCCUCUACCAGUAUCACAGACAUAGAGCUGUUUAGGAUUGUUUUUAGCUUUUUGUUUGUUUGAAGGUAAAUCAAAGCACCAACCUUAGCUUCCCUCAUCCUUCAGAAAUACUAAUGUGCAACGUUCUGUUGCUUUUUAGUCUUUAAAUCUUUUCUCCACUCAAGUAACUUAGAAAUAAGUUUCCAUUAAUGUCUUCAAUCAUCUAUUGUUCAUACCCAUUUUUGAAAGGUCUGGGACCUGCAAGCACAGAUUAUUAUUUCAUACAAAAUCAGCAGAGUAGAUGACCGCAUGCAUUGUGAGGUUGCUUCAUAUGGUGGCCCGCUUGGUGCUAGGAGUAAAAAAAAAAAAUUGCUUACUGCAGACUGGUGAAAAAUUUUGCUGUGGCACCAAGUCAUGCCUGUUUCUGAAAAAGGACUUGUAACUUAGCUGCUUCAGAGUUAUGCCUUUAUUUUAGUUUUUAUCCAACUGGUCUUGAGAUAAUAAAGAGAGAGCUUGCAUUCAUGAGGCAUUUGUUGUAAAUGUUCAGUAUAUUUAUUUUGAAAGAGCUGACCUUGAGACUGUAAACCAGUGUAGUACCGUAUCUAAGUGUUGUGGAAGCGCUUUAAUCUAUUUAAAGAAGAAAAGCAUCAUGUUUGGCUGCUUCUUUUUCUUUCUACAGUGUUUCUUAAUUUUAGGCUGUAUGGUCACUUCCAGUAGCGGCAUGUCAGACUGCCUGCAAUAUUAGCUGAAAAGUUUAGUAGACCUCUCUAAGUAGUUGGCAGUUUCUGUGUACUAAAUAUUUAGGGGCCAUGGAAGUUGCUACGAGCAACAUAAUCUGGCAGAACAGAUGCCAAUGAAAACAACACACAGGGUGACUUUUUACUAAGUCAGUAAAAUGCCUUUUGCUCAGGUUCCAAAGCAUGUUUCUUUCACAUGUUGUGAAAUUGUAUUUUAAUAUUGCACUGUUUUCAGAUUAUCUCUGUAAAUGGUCCUUUUUUUUCCUCUUUAGUGGUGGUUUGAGAGAAGUCAAUGAUUUUAGUCCUGGUUGAGUUAAAUUUUUAUGUGGGGAAAAAAAACCAUCCAAGCAAACAAGGCAUAACUGAGCCUAGUCAGAUCCAUUUUUAUACGUAAACACACAUGUUCGUAAAUAUAGAUUGCUGUCAUAAAUGAUUCCUUAUUCUUUUUCCAUCCUUUCCCUGAUUUCACAUUGCAGUAGCUGUCAGGUUGAUUUAAUCAUGUAUGAACCUACCUACUCUUCUCUCUCAGUUCGCAAACAACACACAAAAUACAGGGCCAUCGACGUAGUUUGCCUUCCCUAAGUUGUAUUCCAGUGGUAGGUGUCAAUUAGCUGGUUGAAUAGUUCGAGUUAGGUUGGAUAGUCUUCACUGAUAAAGGUACUGAUUGGUGACGACAGAAGAUCAAGAUAUUCAAUUGUCUGGGUGCAUAAACACAUGGCAGUGCAGUGGUAUUUUUUUUUUAGGUGUCAACAAUUCUAAUGCCACUUUAUCAAUGAGUCUUAAAUAUACUAUGAUUACAAAAGUAUUUGAACUUUGUCAUUGGUAAUAGGUUUGGUAAGCAAAUUUAAGCCACUAUCUUGCACUUGUCAAAAUGUUUUCAGCUCAAUAGCCAGGAAAAAAAAAAUUGACAUAUUUUUAUAACAGACAUACUUUUUUUGUACAUUGUGUUCAUUCUUGAAUAAAGUCAGUUCAGUGUUGGCUUGUAGAUAUUAAAAGGAAAGUAUUGACUUUGAUUCAAUAAAUGUUUUCUUUCAGUUGGUGGCCUACCCUUUUUCUUUUUCAUAAGUUAUGUUUGCAUUAGAAAAACACUUGCAGCCUACAGACAAAUUUGUGGUGAAAAUUCUCUGAAGAGUAACCUAUUAGUGUCAAUAACUAAUUUGCAGACUUGAGCUUUUUUCAUGCCACUUGACCCUUUUGUUGCCAAGUGGAUUAAACCACAAUUUUAUUGGAAGUUUUGUUGCAUUGAUUUAGUGUGUAUACCAUGGGCUUCUGCAAGGAUCUUCAAGGGAAGGUUCCUUAAAAAAUACAUUGGAAACCUUUAUAUACAGGAUUUCUUUCCUUUUGACUGCAACUGGUAUGUGUGUAACUUUCUUGAUUGCGAUGCAGAUUACUGUGGUGAUCAGUAGAAGACUUAAUUGUACAACUAAUCAUCCUAAUAUGCACAACUGCAUUAAAUAUACCUGCAAGGCA